AUGAGAGCCAUUCCCUCCAACCACCCUGUUGUCGUCUCCGAACCUCUUGCCUUCCUGCCAGAGACACGUGAGGCACAGGAGGGGAGGCGGCAUCUGAGGGAGGUGACAUGUGCCGUGCUCUUCAGUGCCCUGCGCGUGCCCUCCAUCUGCCUUGUCGACCAGGCCACCCUCGCUCUGUUUGCGGCGGGGGCAGCAUCAGGCGUGGUGGUGAACAUUGGUUUCCGCAGCACCACAAUUUUACCCAUCAUGCGCGGCCGCACUGCCUGCAGCCUGCUGCCAUUCUACUGCCUGCCACUCGGCGCCAUGCGAGUCACGGGGCAUCUCAGCCAGUUACUGCACGAGGCGGGGAUCGUGUGCCAGUCCAUGUUCACUGUGCGCACCAUCAAGGAGUCGCUGUGCUUUGUGGCGCGUGACUUUGAGGCAGCCAUGAGGGGCGAGGAGAGGGGGGUGCGGGGCACGUGUGAGGUGCCGGGGGAGGGCGCCUUCACUCUCGGAAAGGAGCGCUUCCUCGCCCCUGAAGUGCUUUUCCAACCCCAGCUCUGCGGCCUUGGCGGCAGGGGCAUACAGCAGGCAGUGGCGCAGUGCAUAGUGGAGUGUGCCGCCCGGGUCAAGGCGUUUCAGGCCCAGCAGGAGAGGAAGGCCACGCACAGCCACGUGGAAGAGGCUGAAGCUGCAGAGGAGGAGAAGGAGAAGGAGGAGGAAGGAGGGGAUGUGCAUGUGUCUGGGCAGGGGCGUGAAGGGGAAGGUGUCACGAGGCGGAUGGGAAGUGGAGAGGGGGCAGCAGGGGCGGGUGGGGGAGUGUGGGGGCGAGUGCCUGCACCGCUGGCAAGUGAGGACGUGGCAGAGGCGAUCAAGACCGUGGUGGUGGCGGGGGGCACGUCUGCACUGCCAGGGAUAGCAGAGCGGCUUCAUCUGGAGCUGCAGCGUCUGCUUCCCCCGCCCCUCGCUGACAAACUCUCUGUGAAGGCGGUAGGGCCGUAUGGCACGUGGAUGGGCGGCAGGACCAUAGCCACUACGAGCUCCUUUUUAUCAGCAUGGGCUCUAAGCAGGGAGGAGUAUAUGGAAAAAGGACCAUCUUCUGUUCAUGCCCUUGCUAUGGAUACACACAACAUGAACAGCCAGGCUCUCCCUGUUGUAAGAAUAUUCCCCAAGCCUUGA